AGUCAGUCAGUCAGUCAGUCAACAAGCAUUGGCUUAAGUGUCUCCUGGGGGCCAGACCCUGGGGCACGGGCGACCCUGUGGAAGCUGUCCCUGCCCUCUAAACUGAGAGUCUAAGGGAGGGACCCACGCCCCUAUCUGGGGGCACUGCCAAAGGCGCACAGCAGACACGCAGCAAUCUGGGGUCUUUCGCCCUGGGGUGUAAGUGCUCGGGCAGGGCAGGGCUUAGGCAGAUCCUGGAGAGGGAGGCCAGGUAAGGGGGCAGGCCAGAGUCCGCUCUGACAGGGCGGGGCGGAGCUGGGGGCGGACCGAGAGAAGGGCCAGAACUGCGCAGGCCCCGGCCCGCCCCCCUCGGAGGCUCCAGCUUCCCCCAGCGUCCUGAACCCCGGAGUGCGGUGGACCCGCAUCUUGCGUCCAGCAAUCAUGAUCACCCCUUUUAUUUUCACCCGGCAUCCUGCUUGGCGCUUGGGGGUCUUUACGAGAUGGCGGGGGAAGGGUCACGAGAGAACGCUGGCGGGAAUCGCUGGGCCUCCCACCCCUUUGGUGAUGAAGGGAAAGAGCCCCCCCAGAGCCUGCGGCGUGGCUGGAAUCCUUCCUCAGCGAGCUUUCUGCCGGACCGCGGCCGGUGCUCAAGAGGUGAUGCUGACUCGUGAGCGGUAUCCCGUGCGGAGGCUGCCUUUCGCCGAGGUGUCCAAAGAGGACUUGGCAUUCUUUGAACGCGUGAUCCCUGGAAGAGUCAGCACAGACCCUCAGGAACUGAAGCGUGUGAACGUGGACUGGCUCAGAAUGGUCCGAGGCUGCAGUAAGGUGCUGCUGAAACCUAAGACUACAGAAGAGGUCUCCCAAAUACUCGGGUACUGCAAUAAGAGGAACUUGGCUGUCAAUCCUCAGGGGGGGAACACAGGUAUGGUGGGGGGCAGCGUCCCUGUCUUUGAUGAAAUCAUCCUUUCUACAUCACUUAUGAAUCAAGUCAUCAGCUUCAACGCUGUGUCUGGAAUCCUGAUUUGUCAGGCUGGGUGUAUCCUCGAGCAGCUAAACCAGUAUGUAGAGGAAAGAGACUUCAUCAUGCCCCUGGAUUUGGGAGCGAAGGGUAGUUGUCACAUUGGUGGAAAUGUGGCCACAAAUGCAGGUGGUCUCAGACUUCUGAGAUAUGGCUCUCUGCGUGGGACAGUUCUUGGACUAGAAGUGGUCCUCGCCGAUGGCCUUGUUCUGGACUGCUUAACUUCUCUGAGGAAGGACAAUACUGGCUAUGAUCUCAAGCAACUCUUUAUUGGCUCAGAGGGCACCCUGGGCAUCAUUACUGCCAUUUCCAUUCUGUGUCCACGGAAACCCCAGGCUGUGAACUUGGCCUUCCUAGGUUGUCCAGGUUUUGCUGAAGUUCUGAAGACUUUCAGUACCUGCAAGGGAAUGCUGGGGGAAAUCCUGUCUGCCUAUGAGUUCAUGGAUGACCAAUGCAUGCAGCUGGUAGAGAACCACCUGCGACUGUCCAAUCCAGUCAGAGAAAAUCCCUUCUAUGUUUUAAUUGAAACUUCAGGUUCUGACACUGCGCAUGAUGAGGAAAAAUUGAAUAACUUUCUGGAGCAGGUCAUGAGCUCUGGUUUGGUAACAGAUGGCACUGUUGCCACAGAUAACACGAAAAUAAAGAUGCUGUGGUCCCUGAGGGAGAGGAUCACAGAGGCCCUAAGCCGAGAUGGCUAUGUCUACAAAUAUGACAUCUCGCUCCCUGUGGAGAAGCUCUAUGACAUUGUGCUUGAUGUUCGGAGCCGCCUGGGCCAGAGCGCUAAGAGUGUGGUGGGUUACGGACACCUAGGAGAUGGCAAUCUGCAUUUAAAUGUGACGGCCGAGUCAUACAGCUCUUCUCUCCUGAAGGCCAUUGAGCCGUACGUGUAUGAGUGGACCGCCCGGCACCAUGGGAGCGUAAGUGCCGAACACGGGCUGGGGUUCAAGAAGAAGGAUUUCAUUGGCUACAGUAAGCCCCCAGAAGCCAUCCUGCUCAUGCAGCAGAUCAAAGGCAUGCUGGAUCCCAAGGGAAUCCUGAACCCGUACAAAACCCUGCCGUCCACUUCCUCUUGAUGCCGCUGCCCGCCCGGCCGAUUGCUGCUAUUUAGACUCACACAGACUCCCCCCAGCCAGGAUUCCUCCUAUAUUUCAAUCAAGGAUAGCAAUUUAGAGCCAAGAAUACCUCCAGACACAGCCUCAUCGUACUGAUUGUGGUGACUGUCGGACAGAGGCUGGCCAACCUUUGUACUGGCCACCACUGCUCGGGCAGAGCUUCCUUUUUGGACCCUGGUGUGGUAAAGCAGAAAGAAGCCUGGAUUUGGAGUUCAAGGACCCAGGUUCGAAUCCAGGCUCUGCUACUUACCACCUGUGUUAUCUUUGAAAUUCCCUUUAGCCUCUAUGGGCCUCAGCUUUCUUACCCAUUACGAUGAAAGGGGGUUGGACCAGACCCCCUCCAGGCCCCUUCUGGCUCUAAUCCCAUGUCAAGCACAUUCAGAUGAGCCAAAGCGUAGGCACAAGGGCAUGGGUGGAGCCCUACCAGCAUUUGCUAUGAGAUUCAGGCUUGUUGUCCUAACAGACAAUGGGAAUUCUUUUCUAUUUUUCCCAUUCCUUCAUUAGAGGCAGGAAUAGUUGGGGGUGGUCACUGUGCUGAUCACCCCUGAUCCAAACAGUAGAAGCCUGUGUCGGCUUUCCCCAGGGUUCUCUUCUAGGUCCAAAGGUCAGUCCCUUGAUUCUGGAAGAGAUGUUUCGGGUCAGCCUUCCAUAGAGUUAUAAAAAGCGUACCUGCCCUGGGUAACAAAAUCAGUAGACAAGCAUCCUUUCCGAUCUCCUCACACCAGUUGUUUGUUUGGGAUGAGGAUGCUAAGAGCUGGGUAUUUAUUGCCCUGAGCCCAUUCAGCUGAUAGAGAUGUAGUCCCUGCCUCUGGGGGAUGCUUUCCUGUCUUUUUUUUUUUGGUGGGGCAGUGAGGGUUACGUGACUUGCCCAGGGUCACACAGCUAGUUAAGUGUCAAGUGUCUGAGGCCAGAUUUGAACUCAGGUCCUCCUGAAUCCAGGGCCAGUGCUUUAUCCACUCUGCCACCUAGCUGCCCAUGUGUUUUUUUUUUAAAUUUAAUUUAAUUUAAUUUUUGCUUUCCUGUCUUAGGGAAGAUUUUGUGGAGGCUGGAAGAGGCCAGGAUGGGGUGAUGAGGACAUGGAGGGUGAUGAUCAAAGCUGGGUAUUGGAUUUCAUUGGAUUUCUCUCGUGCUUUAAGAGUUCCAAUGGGCUUGGCCUGUUAUUUCAUUUGAUCCUCACAAGAACCCUGUGAGGUACAGAUGAAAAAAAGAGACCGACAGAGGUGAGGUGACUUGCCCAGGGUCAAACAGCUAGUUAAAUAUCUGGUAGGGUUUGAACACAGAACUUCCUUCUUGACUCCAGUUCCAGCAUUCUUUCCACUACAUCAUCUGAGACGCCCAGAGCAACAACCCUAGCUCUUGGCAUAUGGUUAUAUUUGCACCAGAGUAAUAGGCUGCCUACGGAAGACUGGGCAAGAUUAUGUCGAGGUGGGUUUUUCCAUUUGGAAGGCAGAAUCGAGGAGAGAGCUAAUCCUCUUGUUGGAGUACUUCUCACUCCUGUGUUUGGUUUUGACUUGUUGAUUGUAAACAUGGGCUGUUGUUUUACCUGCUUGGAGACGUGUAAAGCAUGGCGUGGGGACAUGCUCUUGAGCCUCUUAUUCCAGCAUUUCACAGUUACAUGAUCUCAGAGUUGGAGAGGAAUCCAGUCCAACGAGUGCAUCCUUGAGCAGGCGAAUUCCCUCUGGCGAUGCAAUUUUCUGUCUCAGUUACUGUUAGAUGUGUGAUCACCAGUGGUCUGGCGGGAUGUGUAUCUUGUCUAAUGCAUUCAGAGUUGACACGUCCUUCCCAAUAUAGCCCAUGUCUUUCUAUAACAGCAUUUACUCGAGAUGAAGACAAAUAUUAAGUAGAUUUUUCAUGGUCUCUUUUCCUCCAUAUGACAAUUUCUGUAUGUAACAAAGAUUUUCCCAAUGCUGGGCAGCAGAGACACUGGGGCAAAGUAGAUGAACCUGCUGGAGUGGGGAAUGAGAUGACCCAGAAUUGUGUUUCCUGGCACUGAAGGUUUCCUGUGUGACCCCCAUCUAGUCUUUUCACCCUCUCUGUGCCUGACUGUCCUUAGUUGUAUAAUUGGAAAAUAGUGGUACAGUAAAGCCCUCUUAGGUGCAGCUAGGGGGCUCAGUGGAUAGAGCACCAGCCCUAGAGUCAGGAAGACCUAAGUUCAAACAUGGCCUUAGAUCCUCACUAGCUGGACAAGUCACUUCACCCUGUUUGCUUCAGUUUCCUCAUCUGUAAAAUGGUCUGGAGAAGGAAAUGGCAAAGGGCUCCAGUAUCUUUGCUGAGAAAGCCUCCGAUGGGGUCAUGACUGAAAUGACUGAACAACAGCAAGGUCCUCACUAUACUGUAGAUGAUGACAAUGGUGUCAUUGCAGAUUUGGUCUUAUACCUCAGGACUCCAUAGUGCUUCCCAGUCCACUGGGACCUAUGAACUGCAGGAGGCUCGAGCUGGAAGAAGCCCUAAUGAGGCUCUAGAGAAGUGGUCCUCUGACAUCCUCAUUGAUAGGACCUUCCUGUGAUCACCACCGACUUGUUCCAGAAUCCCCCUGUGAAGGGAAAUGGGAUGACGUUCCCUGAUUGUUUGAUCUUUUUGAUGAAUGGGCCAGGCAGUGGUAUAAAGGACUCUACCCAAUAGUAUUAUUGAACAGACUAAAUACAUUUGUUUUUUGUAACUAAAUUUUGGUGUCAUGAAAUAAUGAAUAAAAUAAUAGAGAAGCAAUGUUUGGAGGCCUUUCCUCCCUUGUGUGCUAGAGCCAGUGGGGAGUUACAGAGCCUCUUAAAAGGGGUAUUGAUGUCCUUUGGGUGUCUGCAGGGACAGAAUGCUCAUGCAUUGCUGUCUUUCAGUUCAGAGGGGGGACAAAUCAAUUCAGCAAACUUUUUUUUUGAGGGGGUGGUCACAGAAUAAUGUAAUCUAAUUGCUGGAAGGGACCUCAGAGGCCAUCUAGAACCCUUCGGCCACAUGCCUCCACUUGGUGUAUGAGAAUUCAGCCCUGGGAAACUUGGAGAAGGGUUAUUGUGAGGGACCAUCAUGCAUUGCCAAGGGUGGAGUUUAAGGGCUCACAUUUCGAAAGUGAGAUGAGCGUUGUCCUUCUAAGGAAGACAGAUUCCAUCCUGUUAGGCUCUCGAGCCAGAACUGGGGAAUGAGGGUGCCUAAAUACUGAUGGAUUGAUGCUUAUUGAUUGAAAGUGCAGGGGUGGCGGGGGAGAGGGAAGUGCUUGCCAACUGAAUCUGAACGUUAAUUAACCCUGGCACCAUCUCUGUUCAUAGACUUAAUCACAGUUAAAUCAAAGAAAUUAAGUAUUGAGAUGUCUGGUAUUCUGUUGCCAGACAGUACAGAAGGUAUCUAAUUUCCUUUUUUGGCAACUAGCUCUAAGUUACAUGGCCUAUUAAAAGAGGCAUUGGGUUGACCAGAUUAGGGUCCUAGUGUAAUGCACAGGCUGUGAAGCUCGCCCUUAGGAGCAAAUGCAGAACCCUGUUGGUGCCACCAGCUAUGUAGAAGAGGCUGGGUCGCCUGCUUGCGGGAGUCAUGAGGACCCUCAUGUGCUUUGGAGCAUGUGCAGAUAUUUGGUAUCCGGUUCUGCUGGUAAGGAUCCUGGACUUGGGGUGGGGAUGGCACAUCCAAAAGGCCCUCUAAAGCCUUGCUCCAUAUUGGAUCGACUUCUUCCAGUCUGGCUACAUUCCAGGGAGAGAAGAGCCGUUGCUGUAAGGGGAGAGGCCUCAGGUGCUCCCCACUGGAGGCCAACAUGCAGUCUUGGCUCUACAUCUGUUCUUUUGUUUUAGGGAAAGGAGAUUGGAGAGGACCACGAUGUUGUGAGCUCUGGGAGGUCUCAAGAGGUCCCAGAGGCCCACAGAUAGAGGUGACGCCAUUCCUGAAGAGUAAGGCUAGAGCACUUGAUAUAAGAGAUCAUGGGAGCGACUUGAGAGUCCAAUCCACUCAUUUUGCAUAUGGGAAAACUGAGGCUUAGAGACAGUGAAGUGACUUGCCCAGGGUCACACAGCUAGUAAGCGUCGGAGGCAGGAUCGGGACCCAGGUCUUCCUGGCUCUGAGCUCACUUUGUCAAGGUAACAUUGGUCCAGAUCAGAGAAGAGCCCUGCACUGCUCCUGCCCCAAGGCACCUGAGGACCCGAGUCACAGGAUCGGCCUCAAUUGAGGAGGAGUGCCUUCGACAUUUAGAGCUGGAAGGACCUCAGAGGUCUUUCAGGCCAGCCAUUUUACUACACGUAAGGAAACUGAGGCCCAGAGAAGUGGGUGAUUCACCCAGGGUUAGACUGGUGGUUAAGGGGGUAGACUAUGCAGAACUUGGGCUCCUGCUCCAAGGUUGGUUGCUUGCUCCAAGUAGUUCCUGAGUCCAGGCGCCAUCUAGUGGCCCAACUGAGUAACCUCCCAGACACAGGGUAACUGCACUACCUCUGUCCUAAGCCUGGAAAUGGGGUGUCCUAAUGACUGUCUGCCCAUCACGUGGUAGCUAUGUUUUGAGUAAUGAAGCAUCUCAGGGAUAUAACUGUUCUUAAGAGUCACGUGAACCAGUGAAAGUUAUAACAAUAGAUGUAACUUUGAUGACUGAUUUUUUUUUUUUUUAAUUUUUGGUGAGGCAAUUGGGGUUAAGUGACUUGCCCAGGGUCACACAGCUAGUAAGUGUUAAGCGUCCGAGGUCAAAUUUGAACUCAGGUCUUCCUGACUCCAGGGCUGGUGCUCUAUGCCCCGCAUCACCUAGCUGCCCCCGAUGACUGAUUAUUAAUAGCCAGUGCAGAUCCCAGGGCACAGAAAGGCUCCUUCUACAUUAGAGGUCUUUAUGUGGGGAUUUCCCAGGGUCUGUGAACUUGGUUGGUGAAGAAAAAUUACAUUUUAAUUUUUAAUAACCUUUGGUUUCUUUUAUAAUCUGGUGUAUUUUAUUUUACAUAUUUAAAAUCACUAUUCUGAGGAGGGACCCAUGCCAGCAAAAAUUUUAAACUCCUCUGUCCUCCUACUGCUCUCAUUUCUGGUUUAUGUUGUACUGGUUACACCCAGUCCCAGAACAUUACAGAGUCUGAUUUAUAUACCCAUUAUCACUCAUGAGAAUUCAAUCUAACUAUCCACACAUGAAAAGCAAAGUGGAUGAAGAAUCCCUGUUGUCUAGACCACAAUAUAUAGGUCCACUUGUGUGUGUGUGUGUGUGUGUGUGUGUAGGGGUAUCCCAAAAGUCUUAGUGCAGUUUUAAGCUUUUAAUAACUUCAGAAAUAGAAAUGCUACAAAUACACACAAAACAUUUGAAAAGUUACUUAAAAUUUCAAAAUAUCACUGUUUCUUAUUAAAAUUCAACCUAACCACUGUCUUAUGCUAUAUGUUGCUCUAGUCAAUUUUCAAAAUCUAUAAAAAAAUUUACCAGCUGCUGUUUAGGGACUGAAAGGAUUGUCCUUAUAAUCCCAGCCUGAAGAUCCUCCAAAGAUGGAGGUCUGGAUGCAUACAGGAUAGUUUUGAUAUGACAUCACGAGAAAGAUUCUGAUGGAGAGAGGUCAGGUGAAUGAGGCGGCCGAGGAAGAGGAUGUCUCCUGAUCCACUGGUUUGGGAAAGUAUCAUCCAGAAACUACUGCACAAGCAAGGAAGAAUGGUGGGGUGUGGCACCCUGGUAAAGAUUAAAAUGGUAGAUUUAUUAUUAAAAAUAAAAAAUAGGGGCAGCUAGGUGGCGCAGUGGAUAGAGCACUGGCCCUGGAUUUAGGAGGACCAGAGUUCAAAUCCGGCCUCAGACACUUUACACUUACUAGCUGUGUCACCCUAGGCAAGUCACUUAACCCCAAUUGCCUCACACACAAAAAAAUAAAGACAUGUAAAUAAUUAAAAUUUCGGCUGGUAUUUUCCCUAAGGUUUUAACAUUUGUAAUUCUGAAGUUAAUAAAGCUUAAAAAUGCACCAAGACUUUUGGGACAUGAUAUAUUUUAUAUAUUCACACACAUACAUCUUAGAUGCUGCAAAAAUAUAAUGACCUAGGCCCAGAGCUGAUGAGAACAGGUUAUAUCACCUCUGAGAAAUUGCAGAGCUCUAUUAAAGACUUCCAGCUACUGUUC